AGAGAAAGUAUACUUUUUAGAGAGAGAGAGAGAGAGAGAGAGAGUCUCUAGAGGAAAGGGAUUGAAACAGAUACCAACAAAUCAAACCGAUCAUCAUCCACUCUCUCUCUCACUCUACAGCUUUCAAUCUCUACAGUGGCGUAGCCCACUUUCUCUCUCCUCCACGGCUCCACCUCCAAUCUCCGAUUGGUUUCUUGAAGAUAAAGCUCUUCGAAAUACUCAUCAAAGGUGAUUGAAAAGUUCGAAUCCGAGGCAAUUUCGGUGCGCUAAAGACGCACAGUGUCGUUGUUGUUGUGUGUAAAGAGAGACGAGUCCCUUUUGGCUUGCAUUUUAUAUAACACACACCAAAGGACUCUCACUUUAGCAUGAACGAUAAAGGGAAGUGGAGCGUUGUUGAAGAGAGAGAAGAACAAUGCAGAAUAUGAAGAAGAAGGUGGAUAAUAAUAGUGAAGUUUCAAAGCAGAAAGCGAGGCACAUCGUUACAUGGUCUCAAGAGGAGGAUGACAUACUUCGCGAGCAAAUUCGAAUCCAUGGAACAGACAAUUGGGCGAUCAUUGCUUCGAAGUUCAAGGAUAAAACAACCAGACAAUGCAGAAGAAGAUGGUUCACCUAUUUGAAUUCUGAUUUCAAGAAAGGGGGAUGGUCUCCGGAGGAAGACAUGCUUUUAUGCGAGGCUCAAAAAAUAUUUGGUAACAGAUGGACUGAAAUAGCAAAAGUGGUUUCAGGCAGAACGGAUAAUGCUGUGAAAAAUCGGUUCUCCACCCUAUGUAAAAAGAGAGCAAAACAUGAAGCCUUGGCAAAAGAGAACACCUCAUACAUCAAUUCGAACAACAAAAGGGUCUUAUUUCAAAAUGGUUUCAAUACAGAUGGAAUAUCAAAAAGUGCAGAACCUCUUAAGAAGAUGAGGAGGACCCACAUCUCUAAUCCCACAGAAAACCAAAUACUCGGGGAAUGUGGAAUAACAAGAAGAAGUCAGCAGCUAAGACCACCAUUUGCAGUACUGGUACAGAACUUCGACGCUGUCGGUGACUUGCCAAUUCAGCAUCAUGUUAGCGACAUCAAGGAGGCCUCAAAUGAUGCAGCUAGCACUAACAAGACUCAAGGAACAUUUAUCAAAAAGGAUGAUCCAAAGAUAUUUGCAUUGAUGCAACAAGCAGAACUGCUCAGCUCGCUUGCAGUCAAAGUUAAUUCAGAGAAUACAGAGCAGAGUCUUGAAAAUGCAUGGAAGGUUCUCCAAAAUUUUCUCAAUCAAACCAAAGGAAGUGAUGUGCUCUGCUGCGAACUCUCGGAGAUGAAUUUUCAACUUGAAAAGUAUAAAGACUUUGUAGAAGACUUGAGGAGUAGUAAUGAGGGCAGUCAAUCAUCUUGGAGGCAACCAGCUUUAUAUGAGGAGUCCCCAGACAGCUCUGAGUUCAGUAUAGAAUCAACUCUGCCAUCCCAUAGAGCAGGUGAUACAACAGAACGAAAUCAACCCGAGUUACGUGCAGCACAUCAGGAUAUUGAAGCUGAGUUGCAAUCAGCUCAUAUAGGAGAGCAAAAUGGUGUUGGUGAAUGUGAAAAUAAAGCUCCCUCAGAUGUAACAAGAAAUCAAGAAACGUUACCUUCUUGUGAUGAACUAAAAGACAAUGAUGGAAUUGUUUCCGCCUUCUCAAGUACAGAGUUCAGUUCCCCUCUUCAAGUAACCCCACUAUUCAGAUCCUUAGCAGCAGGGAUUCCCAGCCCAAAGUUUUCAGAAAGCGAAAGGCACUUCCUUUUGAAAACUCUCGGAAUGGAAUCCCCAUCCUCGGAUCCCAGCAUUAACCCUCCACAACCUCCACCCUGCAAAAGGGUCCUCCUCCAUAGUCUAUGAACAACCUCAUUGAUCCAUCUCACAUAUAUAAUUCUGGGGGUUUACAGCCACUAUAACUCUAUACUAAAGUUUUCUGCUUAUGUAGAGUUUUUUUCCUUAUUCGUUUGAGUUCACUUUCCUUGGAUUGCAGUCAUCCGACCUGAGUUUUUAUGAAGAGGCCUAUUGAGAUCUGCAUUUCAUUCUAGAAUGCUAUGGUGCAUUCUAGUGUUCCAGACAGAUCUAACAAUACAUUCUGCAUUGUUUCAAGAGUUAGCAGCCCUAAUACUCGCUCUAAUUCCCAGUGUGUCUUUCGUUUUCGUUGUCUCGUGAUGGGAUUCGGAGUUGGGUACUCCUUUUCCCAAUCAAGUUUUUGGUCGUUAUCAUUUGUACAGAACUUGUAAUACAAAUCCCUACCCUUUCAAGGGUGUAAGUAUGUAUACAUAGGCAUCUCGCCUACAAUGCCCUUUCAGAAAAGAGGUUUCAGAAAGAAAUAACAUACAAAGAGUGUGUGUAAUGGAGGAUCAAACAGAUGAAUUGAACUCCUAUUUGUUGUUUAUUUAGGUGUGCAGAAGGUAUAGGAAAAGCCUUAUUGGUUUUCUUCUUUUCUUUAAUUCUUUAUGUAAUAUGACUUAUAGAUAUUGGAAUGGAGAAUGUGAUAUGGUUUUUGUGUGCA